UGAAAUGUGUUUCACUCUGUGUUUAAAUUGUUUAUUCAUUGAUUUACUGAUUAAAUCUAAAAGGAGAAGCGUACACAAUGUGCUCAGUCAAAUAAAGUGGAGUGCACGUUGAGGCUCCUCAUGUUGGUCGACUAGGUGAUUUCCUGAAUUGGUGAAUUUAACCAUUUACGAGCAAAACUUCACACUGGCUUCUCUAGUAUUGGCUUUACCAACUGCACAAUAGAGUGGAGGUUUUCAUAUGCUGUUUCAUAAGAAAUAUGUUAAGACACGCCUGGCACACUGGUCACCAGAAAUGGCCGACUACAUACUACACAGUACUAUACUCUAUAAACUACAUCAUAUAAGUUAUUUUGGUAAACAAAACAUUACAGUAACAUUGACUGUUUGUGAUGUGACAAAAUGACAAGUGACAAAAUAAAAUUAUUGAUUUAUUUUUGGACGGUGAAAACAUGUUGCCAACAACAGUGGCUUUUGUUCUUUAAGCAAAUGUUCUCAAACUGUUUAAGCUGACUUGUGUAGAGACACACAGAACAACCCUCACAUGGACAUGACAUCACAGUGGAAGAAACAAAACUGACUUCCCCUUCAGUCUACUUCUCCAUUACUCUCACAGAUACACUCACAGAUAUGCAAAUACUUCACUAGAAGGUUUUAGACAAUCGUGUCAUUUUUUUAGGAUCAAUCUCUGAACCAUUUGUUACAGAGUUCCUUGGACAAAGACCCAGGGACCAAGAGCUUAAGACCUAACCUCCCAUCUUUGCAGUAGGAGCAAGCUGAAGAUGAGCAAGGCUCUAUGUAUUGUGUCUCCCCUUACAGGAAUGUUUGAUCCUGCUGAAAUAGAACAAGAUUGUGGCCAUUGCUACCAGAUAGAUAUUGGCGCAGUAGUGGGUGUCAUUGCCUGUGACAUCAUCCUGACGCUCCUCAUUGCUCUCACCGUGUUCUGUUUUGUUGCCUUCCAGAAGAAGAGGAGUCAACUGGAAUCCAGACAGGAGGGUAAAGGGAAAAAUCUCACAGCAUCCAAGAGGAAGACAAUCGAAAUCACAGAGUCUCCCUACCAGGAGCUGCAUGGAGUUCAGUCAGACGUGUACAGUGAUCUUCAACAGUUUCGGAAAUGAGAAUACUUUUGGGUAAUUUGACUUAUUUCUGUACUGAACUGCAUACUGAUCCCUAAAUCAGAGAAGAACUGAGAUGUGCAUUCAUUCUCCUCUCCUUACUGAUAUUUUUAAGUUGUUUUAAUAAUUGUACAGUACAGGGAUACGGUGUACUUGCAAAAGUAUUGCCUUAUUGAUAUAGUUUAUCUAAUCUUUUAAUUUAACGUGUUGCUGUUUUUAAGCACAUUAGUGCCAUUUUCACAAUUUUAUGAUGAAUUUUCUAAACUCAAGGUCUGCAUGGAGUUCAGUCAGACAUGUUUACACUGAUCUCCAACAGUUUCAGAGAUUAGAAUACUUUUGGGGAAAUUUGUCUUCUUUCCGUACUGAACUGCAUGUAUAUGAAAAGACCUAAGAUGUGCAUUCAUACUCCUCUCCUCACUGAUAUUUUAAAAUGUUGUGUUUUUGUUUUUUUUAAAUACAAUUUUACAAUGUUUGGCGUGUUUGUUUUCUAUACAAAAUGUUUAUGUUGUUGUUUUACUUAUAUUUCAUGUUGCUGUUGUCUUAUGUAUAUUUACUUAUAAAAGUAUUGCGUUAUUGAUAUAUUUUAUCUAAUCUGUAUAUUUAACAUGUUGAUGUUUUUUUUUUUGCAUUUUAGUGCCAUUUUCACAAGCAUUUGGUGAAUUUUCUAAACUCAAUGUCAGACUUGUUAUACAGCCAAACAUAGAUUCAAACCUUACACUUGCAUGUUAAUUCAAACUGCACUUAACACUUAGGCUACCAAUAGUCAGUUAUCAAAUUCAUAAACAUGAAACCAUGUAAGCCUAAUUGAAUAAUUAAGUAAAUUAUAAAGAUAAUGGAAUGUAAGUUUGGAGGCAGUUUAGUUAAACCAGUUAAAUAAUAUAAAAAGGAACACUGAGAUAUUGUGGCAUGUCCAAAAUGUAAAAUCUUGCAGAUUUUUUGCUGGCCCAACUUCUGAACGCGCCGGUGUUACGAAUAAUUCAGUGACCGUGCGAAUUCAGUGUGCCUGUCGGAAGUGCGCAUGCGCUGCUAUCGAAUAUUUAUUUCUGUCAAAGGGAGCUUGUGAUAUGUCGUCCACUUGUUGCUCUUUGCUCCCGACAUUGUCUUCAUUCUAAAAUGCGUCUGGUAACCUAAGCUUCGUGGCGCUGCAAUAUUAACCUUGUGAUCUUUGCGAUUCUGCAUCCAUAGAAACGUAAAAAAAAAAAAAAAAAAAGAACUGUGCAG